AUGGCUUCGACUCGCCCACGAUCUGGGAGGGCACGGCCUCCCUUGCCUCAGAAUAGCAGAAACCUUAAGCGGAAGCGGAACGAAGACGAUCUCAGCAACUUGAGCCAGACUGUUGAAGCCCUCGACCCUAAAACGCUUGUCGAAUCUUUCUCCGAACUCCCACUUUCAGACCCCACCUCUAAAGGCCUCUCGUCCUCGCAUUUCAAAACCCUGACCGAUAUCCAAGCCCGAGCCGUCCCUCAUGCGCUCAAAGGAAGUGAUAUUCUGGGCGCCGCCAAAACGGGCAGCGGAAAGACACUUGCUUUCCUGGUACCCAUGCUCGAAAACCUAUACAGAAAACAAUGGACGGAAUAUGACGGGCUGGGCGCACUCAUUCUCUCACCGACCCGUGAAUUAGCCAUUCAGAUUUUUGAGGUUCUCCGCAAAAUCGGACGAUUCCAUACAUUCUCCGCGGGCUUGGUGAUUGGCGGUAAGAGUCUACAGGAAGAGCAGGAGCGGCUGGGCCGAAUGAAUAUUCUUGUGUGCACGCCAGGCCGGAUGCUGCAGCACAUGGACCAAACCGCGGCGUUUGACACGAAUCAGAUCCAGAUGCUCAUUCUCGAUGAAGCCGAUCGGAUCAUGGAUAUGGGGUUUCAAAGUACGGUGGACGCGAUAAUUGGUCACCUGCCUCAGGAACGGCAGACAAUGCUAUUUAGCGCCACUCAGACGAAGCGGGUUUCCGAUUUGGCGAGACUGAGCUUGAAAGACCCGCAAUAUAUCUCUGUGCAUGAAGCGGCGGUCAGUGCGACGCCGGCCAGCCUACAACAACACUAUAUUGUUACGCCGUUGCCAGAUAAGUUGGAUACCCUGUGGAGCUUUAUCCGAAGCACGCUGAAAUCUAAGAUACUUGUAUUCUUUUCGUCGAGUAAACAGGUGCGAUUUGUUUACGAAGCAUUUCGACACAUGCAACCUGGUAUUCCGCUGCUUCAUCUUCAUGGCCGACAAAAGCAGAGUGCAAGAAUCGACAUAACCACCAAAUUCUCAAGAUCGAAACAUUCGUGUUUAUUUGCUACAGAUGUUGCGGCCAGAGGACUCGAUUUCCCCGCUGUCGACUGGGUUAUCCAGCUGGACUGUGCUGAAGACGCAGAUACUUAUAUUCAUCGGGUCGGAAGAACCGCAAGAUACGAGCGGGAUGGGCGGGCUGUUCUUUUUCUUGAGCCUAGCGAGGAGGAAGGAAUGCUGAAACGCCUCGAACAGAAGAAGAUACCCAUCGAGCGGAUUAAUAUUCGAGAGAAAAAACAACAAAGUAUAAAGGACCAGCUACAAAACAUGUGCUUCAAAGACCCCGCACUCAAGUACCUUGGCCAGAAGGCGUUCACGUCCUAUGCAAAGUCAAUACAUAUCCAGAAAGACAAGGAAAUUUUUAAUGUUAAGAAUCUGCCGCUGGAAGAGUUUGCAUCUAGCCUAGGCCUUCCUGGGGCACCACGAAUUAAGUUCAUCAAGGGCGAGGAUACUAAAUCUCGGAAGAACGCGCCUCGUCUUCUUUCAACCUUGAUUGACAGCGAUGAGGAAGGCGAAAAGAAGAGUAAGAAAGAAGAUAAUGUGCGUACGAAGUACGAUCGCAUGUUUGAGAGAAGAAACCAAGACGUUUUGACAGAGCACUAUACGAAUCUGAUCAGGGAUGAAGAUGCCGAUGACAAAGAUAAUCCAACAGCCGAUGCUGACGAAGACGAUGGUUUUCUUUCCGUCAAGCGACGGUUUGGCGCGGGAGAUGAAAGUCUUGGUGCCGAUUUUAAAUCGGCAGCCGAGAUUGAUGACGUUAAUACGGCGGUCAAAGCUGUCCAGAUCAAUAAUAAAGAGGCGUUGCUCAUCGACUCCAACCGGCGUGAGAAACUUCUCAAGUCGAAAAAGAAGCUUCUGAAGUACAAAGGCAAGGGCACUAAGCUAGUUUAUGACGAGGAGGGUAACGCACAUGAGCUGUAUGAAUUGGAGGACGAAGAGAAGUUCAAGGCCCAAGGCCCUUCGGCAGAUCAGCGUGCCAAAUUCUUGGAGGUGGAGGCAGAGCGGACGAGGCUAGCGGACAUUCGAGACAAGGAGAUAGCGAAGCAGAAGAAGAGGGAAAAGAAAGAGAAGAGAAGAGAAAUGGCACGGGCUGAAAAGGAACUGGCGAGCGGCUCUGUUGCUGUUCUUGCUCCGUACCAGGAGGGCGAAGAGGUCCCUAGGACGAAGGAAGAAGUGUAUCUCACCGAUGAUCAGCGUGCGGGUGCCACGGGUAAGAAGCAGAAAAAGUGGUUCCAGAACGACUCUGAGGACGGUAUGGAGGAGGGUAGCAAAGUCAAGAGAGUACGGUUGCAGAGCCCGGCGCAGGUUGAGACUUUGGAGGAUUUAGAAACUCUUGCUGCUGGGCUGCUUGGAUAA